AUGGCGACUUCCACCAGACUACCGACGGAACCGCUCUUGGUGAUUCUCGGCUCGACGGGCACCGGCAAGUCUGAGUUAGCCAUAGAGCUCGCAAAGCGAUUCCGUGGCGAAGUCAUUAACGCCGACGCCAUGCAGAUGUACGCGGGACUCCCCAUAAUGACCAACAAGGUGAGCGAGUCGGAGCAGCAAGGCAUAACGCACCACCUGCUAGGCCACAUAGCGCCCGACUCGGAGCCGUGGGACAUUGAUGACUUCCGCCGCGAAGCGACGGCCGUCAUCCGCGGCGUCCGCUCCAGGGGCAAUCUGCCCAUCUUGGUCGGCGGGACGGCGUACUACGUCGACGCCCUGCUAUUCCGGGACACGGUGCUCCCGCAGCACGACCCGGUGGGCAGCGACGACGGCGACGAUGGCGACACGGCCGCCGCCUCGGCCCUGGCCAUCCUCGAGGAGCCCACGCCCGUCCUGCACGCUGAGCUGAAGAAGGUCGACCCGACCAUGGCGCUACACUGGCACCCCAACGACCGGCGCAAGAUCAGACGCUCCCUGGAGAUAUACCUACGCACUGGGCGGCGCGCGUCAGACAUCUACGCCGAACAAAAAGCAGAAAGGGAGACCGCAUCCGCCGCCUCCGCCGGCUCUGGCUCUACUGCCGAGUCCCCGUGGGAUAACCUCCUGCUGUGGGUAUACUCGGAGCGCGACGUGCUCAAGGACCGUCUGGACGUGCGCGUGGAUAAGAUGCUCGACUCGGGACUGCUGGACGAGGUGCGCCAGCUCAUCGAUCUGCGACGCGCGCAGGAGUCGGCCACGAACGGCCAGCCCGUCGACACGACCCGUGGUAUCUGGCAAUCCAUAGGCUACAAGCAGCUAGAGCCGUACGUAGCAGCCCUGGACCGGGGGCAUGCCGAUGACGCCGAGCUGGCCGACCUGCGCACCCGCUGCGUCGACGACAUGAAGACGGCCACGCGCCGCUACGCCAUGUACCAGACCCGCUGGACGCGGCAGAAGAAGAUCCCCCGUCUGCGGGACCAGGGUCCCCAGGCCCUGGACUCGCUCUACGUCCUCGACAGCACCGACGUGUCGCGCUUCGCCGAGACGGCCGUCCGACCUGCCGUCAGCCUGACGGACCAGUUCCUGCGCGGCCAAACACGUCCCCACCCGACCGACUUGUCCGACCUGGCGCGCGAGGUGCUCGGCCACGCUACACUACCCAGGCCAGAGAAGACCCCCUGUGAGCGCAUGUGCGAGAUCUGCGGUAUAUCCGUCACAUCCGAGGAGCAGUGGACCUCGCAUAUGCGCGGGAGGAUGCACAGGGCGAGAUCGAAGAAGAAGAAGAGGUUGGCCUUGAUUCCUGCUGGUGUUCUUACUGGUGGUGCAGGUGGUGCUAGUGGUGGCCAAGACACAUCUAAAGUAGGGAAAGACUCGACAUUGCCUGAACAAGAUGUGGAAAUAGGUUCCAUGUUUCAGCAAUAG